UGGAUGAAAAUUGUGACCCCAUCGUGAUAGUAGAAGUGUCGGCGGUAUGUGAAGCAGGGUGCAGGGGGCCACGAACGAGCAGAGCAGCACAGGUGGAAGAGAGGCAAUUCGAUCGAACGACCGCUUGACCGUACCAGGUUGUGUGUGUGUGUUUGUGCGUGUGAUUUUGUGGAAGAAAAAGAUAUGAAGUGAGAGAAACAGAGAGCGUGAGAAAGCAGGAGCGCACAAUUGCCUACUGUUGCAAGAGAGCGAGAGAGGCAGAGCGUGAAAGGGAGAGGAAAAUCGCCAAGACCCGUGAGAGAAUCGACGGAGCUACGUCGACGAAGUGGAUGGAAACAAGCGGGAGUGAACAGUGAGCUGAGCGCACCGAGGGCCAAGAUCGAUCGAUUUGAACAGCGCUUCCCAGGACUUUGUGAAAAGAAGAAAAGGAAGUUGACGUGUGAAAAUCGGCGUUGGGGUGUCGCGUCGCGCCGAAGAAGAACAAUAGCAUCAAUCCUUUUUCUGCCUUGGCCAGUUUGACCACCCGCCGCCGUCGCCACCACCACAAUAUCUGGCAUACCGUGCAGCCGCCGCGGCAUCCUGUAAGUCUUCGCAAUCGCAAGGCGAGCGGCGAAGGGAGAGCGAGAGUGAGGUGAAGUGAAAAAGCGAGAGUGGGCCAUCGAGAGCGCGAGAGAGAAGGCUGCACCAGAAAACUCCCUUUCGUUAUCAUCUUACAAAAAAAAUUGAUCUAGUACGCACGAAACCAGCUGACAGUUUGUCUAGUACUGCGUAGUAAUAAAAGUAAUAAUAAUACUACAGAUCGAUUUACACUGCGUUCCUCCAAGAAGCACCCAAGAAGGGGUAGUAAAAAAGCAAAAUCGGAUAAACAUACCUACAUUCAUACAUUAUCAUAAACCGGCACAUAUAUACACACCGUAUAUGUAAUACCUAUCUAUCUAUCCAUACGCAUAUACUUAUAUUUGGAGGUAACUAUUUAUCGCGAAGAAGAUCGAACAUAAUUGAUAACAACCAUGGGCAAUAACGCUACAUCCGCGAACAAGAAAGUCGACGCUGCGGAGAGCGUGCGGGAGUUUCUGGACCAAGCGAAGGAGGACUUCGAGGAGAAGUGGAAGCGCAAUCCGACCAACACGGCCGCGCUCGACGACUUCGAGCGGAUCAAGACGCUCGGCACCGGGUCGUUCGGGCGCGUGAUGAUAGUACAACACAAAUCGACCAAGGACUACUACGCGAUGAAGAUUCUGGACAAACAGAAGGUGGUCAAACUGAAGCAGGUCGAGCACACGCUGAACGAGAAGCGCAUCCUGCAGGCCAUCUCGUUUCCGUUUCUGGUCAGCCUCAAGUUCCACUUCAAGGACAACUCCAACCUCUACAUGGUACUGGAGUACGUCCCGGGCGGUGAGAUGUUCUCGCACCUGCGGAAGGUCGGCCGCUUCUCGGAGCCGCACUCGCGCUUCUACGCCGCCCAGAUUGUGCUGGCGUUCGAGUAUCUGCACUAUCUCGACCUGAUCUACCGCGAUCUGAAGCCGGAGAACCUGCUGAUCGACUCGCAGGGCUAUCUGAAGGUGACCGAUUUCGGGUUCGCCAAGCGCGUCAAGGGCCGUACCUGGACGCUGUGCGGUACACCUGAGUACCUAGCGCCCGAGAUUAUCCUCAGCAAGGGCUACAACAAGGCGGUCGACUGGUGGGCGCUCGGUGUGCUGGUGUACGAGAUGGCCGCCGGCUACCCGCCGUUCUUCGCCGACCAGCCGAUACAGAUCUACGAGAAGAUCGUCAGCGGCAAGGUGCGCUUCCCGUCGCACUUCGGCUCGGAGCUGAAGGAGCUGCUGCGCAACCUGCUGCAGGUCGAUCUGACCAAGCGCUACGGCAACCUGAAGGCGGGCGUGAACGACAUCAAGGGCCACCGAUGGUUCGCGUCCACCGACUGGAUCGCCGUGUUCCAGAAGCGCAUCGAGGCCCCGUUCAUACCACGCUGCAAGGGUCCAGGCGACACGAGCAACUUCGACGACUACGAGGAGGAAACGUUGCGCAUCUCCAGUACCGAAAAGUGUGCCAAGGAGUUUGCCGAAUUCUAAACGACGCCGAAUCCGAUUAUGGGGAAGACAACGGUGACUCCAGAGAUCCACGUCUACUUCUUGUUGCACUACGACUACUCCUACUCGAUGGAUCCAUUGAGUGUGGUGGAGGGGGAGGGGAAAGGGAUGCAGGGCGAAGGACAUACCUGAAAGAGUCGAAUAGCCGUCGAUCUAUCCUAAGUCCCAUGGGACCUUUUUGGAGCGUGUAUUUAUCUCUACAUCGAUCAUUUCUUCGCUCCACUUCCUUCACCCUUCGUUCGAUCUGUCCUGCUGUUACACAACCCUCUCUCUCCCCCUAGAGAUCAAACCUUUCCCAUCUCCGCAGAACAGGGAAGAUACAUCGACUAACAGGAGAUCACCAGUCGAGGGUAAUCCUGCAGCGUAUUCUUUCAAAACGGCUACAUGGAAGGGCACUCCAAUCAAAAUUGGUUGCCGUUCGUCAUUAAGCGAGCAUUGCCUGCCCUACUGUUCGCCCCUCUCCUAUCCACCCUACCCCUACACAAUACGUAGUAACAAAGUUGCAUCGAACGACGGUGACGACGACGAGAACGACGACGACGACGACGAUAACACCAUCUCUAGCAGCGGAGCAGUGGUUAAGCAUUUUUUGGGGGUCCCAAAAUAGUAUCGCAGUACCGCGCAUCAUCACUGCACAGUCGUGUGGCGAUUUCGGGCACGACGUAGAUAAGAUGCAGCAUCAGUUGUCAGCGCGCCCAUACACCCCACAACCAGCAAUGCCAUAUUUAGACACUCAUUGAAUCGCAAACCCGGGCGUCAUACAAACAGAUAUAAACAAACAAAAUGAGCCACAACCUCUCCAUCAUACCAUAGGAAAAUUACGCGCGCGACAGACGAUAAACGACUGGAAGAUGUUGCCGUUUCCACACGAACGGUUACGAUGAUAAGGAUAAUGAAAAAAAAAAAAUGAUUUGAUAAAUCUUGCACCAUUCGGUAAAAGAGAUAGGAAGAGAGAAAUAGAGAGGGAACAA